CUUGAAACAUUCAUGUUCUUGUUCUAUAAGCCUUCAUAUAUAUAUAUAUAUAUAUAAAUAUCAAUCUUGAAACCCUACGUAGGUAAUCAAGAAUUAAAGAUAUGUCUGGUGUUUGGGUGUUUAAGAAUGGCGUUCUUCGACUGGUGGAGAACCCUGGAAGUGAUUCCUUUAAGGGUUCUGGUCAACGUAAGGUGUUGGUUCAUGUCUCCACAAACCAAGUGGUAAGUUCGUAUGAGGUGCUGGAAAGAAUCUUGUUAUCAGUCGGAUGGGAGAGGUACUACGAUGAUCCUGAUCUAUUUCAGUUUCACAAAAGGUCAUCUGUGCACCUAAUUUCUCUCCCUAAAGAUUUCAAUAAGCUCAAGUCCAUGCACAUGUAUGAUAUAGUCGUCAAGAAUCGCAAUGUGUUUGAAGUGAGAGACAUAUAUAGUCACCGAGCUAACUAACCAGCAGCCAUGCCAGGCUAGUUACCUCGUUUAUUUGAUAUAUGUUGUGUUCUUGGCGAAUUACUUUCUUAUCUCGAAGUUUAAUAUUGGUUUGUUUGUUUAUUUCCUGUGAUGGGUCGUAUGAGUGAAAGUACCUCUGACUAACUAAGUCCAAGUUUGGCUUUGGGUCUCCUCAAAUGAUGGAGUACAUGAUCGAUGUGGUUGGAGUUUAUUUUUUCUAUGUUUUAAGAAGCUAAUUGCGUACAGUUCAAUGGUUGCAUGCAUGAUGAUCAUGUAUCAAUAAAUCCCGUACGCUGUUUACUGUUAAUCUAAAUCCAAUUUCUAUA